UGUCCAGUCAGCUGCGCUCUGAGGAUGUAAACACAGAGCACGUGUCCGAUCAAUAAGCGCUGGACCUUGGUCGUUCAGUUAGUUGUUAGUUUGCCUGCACGUUUGUCCUGCUGCAGACGCUUCAAUGGCGCCGUUAAAGUUUUGUGCCAACAUUUCCUGGCUCUUCACGGAGCUACCGGAGAUCACGCAGCGGAUGCGCGGCGCGGCGCGUGCGGGGUUCCGCGCGGUCGAGGCGGCCUGGCUCUACAGCUCUGACCUGAAAGAGUUAAAAACCGUGCAAGAUGAAACGGGACUCGAAUUCGCGCUCAUAAACACCCCCCCGGGGGAUCUAAGCGCAGGAGAUCUGGGAUUGUGUGCCGUUCCUGGACGAGAGCACGAGUUCAGACAGGGAUUGGAUCUGGCGGUGCAGUACGCUAAAGCUCUGGACUGCAGGAGGAUCCACUUGAUGGCGGGGAGGGUGCCGGCGGGGGUGGACCGGCGCGCGGUUGCCAUGGAGAUGGAGGACACCUUUGUGCAGAACCUGAAACAUGCUGCAGGUGUCCUCUCGAAGGAAGGCAUUCUGGGACUGAUUGAGCCGAUCAACACCAGGAUCACAGAUCCACGAUAUUUCCUCGACUCCCCACACCAAGCCGCGGUGAUUCUCCAGAGAGUCGCUCAUCCCAGCAUCAGGAUGCAGAUGGACAUCUACCACUGGCAGAUCAUGGAUGGCAACCUAACACAGAAUAUACGCAAAUACUUACCCAUCACAGGUCACAUCCAGAUGGCUCAAGUUCCUGACCGCCACGAGCCGGACAGCGACGGAGAGCUCAGCUACCCGUAUCUCUUCAAGCUGCUGGAGGAGCUGGACUACCAGGACUACAUCGGCUGCGAGUACAAACCUCAGCGUUCAACAGAAGCGGGUCUGGACUGGCUCAGAAGAUACCGGAGCAGUCACAACUGAUCACUUCUUCAGUUCCUGCUGCUUACGUAUUAAAACGACAAGACUGUAAUUUUCUAAAGCAUAAAAUUGACCCAUUUUCAGUUGUUUUAUUAACAUUUCACAUGUCAGUAGCUAUGAAAUAUUAAUUGUUCUGUCUGCCAAGGCGUCACAGAUGAAGACCACUUUAGAUGUUUUAAUUUAAGAUUUAUUGUUAAGCGUUUUUCUUACAAAUCCGCCUCUAUAUACAUAAUGUACAAAUAACUUUUUCACACAUUUGAAUUGCUAAUUCAGCUUCUAACAUUUUAAUAAAUCUUUCUUUCAAAAACGUCCAGUGUGCUUCAAAA